CGCCCUGCCCUGGGGAACAGGGAGGCGCCGCUGCCAGCUCGUCUGGUCCCGGCCCGGCCCGUCGCGGCACCGCGAUGCUGGCGUGCUGCCGGCCCCUGCUGCGCCCGGCGCUGCGGGCCACCCCCCUGGCCACCCUGCACAGCUCCGCCCGCCGCCCCGCCGCCCGCGUGGCCGUGGUCUUGUCUGGAUGUGGUGUUUAUGAUGGUACCGAAAUCCAUGAAGCCUCUGCUAUACUGUUUCACCUGAGUCGCAAGGGAGCUGAAGUUCAGAUGUAUGCUCCAGAUGUUCUUCAGAUGCACGUUGUUGACCACACCAAAGGACAGCCUGCUGAGGCUGAAUCGAGAAAUGUUUUAACGGAAUCAGCAAGGAUUGCUCGUGGUAAAAUCACAAACCUGGCUAAACUUACUACACAGGACCAUGAUGCUGUGAUCUUCCCUGGUGGCUUUGGAGCUGCUAAAAACCUAUCCACCUUUGCUGUGGACGGGAAGGAUUGCAAAGUGCACAGAGAAGUUGAACGGGUCCUUCAGGAGUUCCACAAAGCAGGCAAACCCAUUGGGCUGUGCUGCAUUUCACCAGUCCUGGCAGCAAAAGUACUCCCUGGUGCUGAAGUUACUGUGGGACACGAAGCAGAGGAAGGUGGGAAGUGGCCUUAUGCUGGAACUGCAGGUGCCAUUAAAGCACUAGGAGCAAAACAUUGUGUCAAAGAAGUAACCGAAGCUCAUGUGGACUUGAAAAACAAGGUGGUCACUACCCCGGCCUUUAUGUGUGAGACAGAAUUGCAUCACAUCUUCGAGGGCAUUGGGGCCAUGGUAAAGAAUGUCCUGAAAUUAACUGGCAAAUAUAGUGGUGUUUCAUAAAACAAGCUUUAGGAAAGAUUUGAAUUCGAAGUACACCACCAGAAAUAAAAAUCAAUUCUUUUGUAAACCACUGAUGAAACUGAUGAUCUUGUUCCCAGCUCUAUUCAGAUAAUGCCUUUUUAUGUAGUAGGGGUUUUUUUGCAGUGAUUCUCAAGCACUUCUGAGCAGAAAGGUCUGCAGAAUGUCUCAUUAGGUACAGGCAGUGUGUCCUAAAUCCUAAAGUCUUGUUUUGGACUUAAGCUUCUGGGGAGGGUUACAUGGGAAUGAUCUGAGGCCAGCCAGCAUGCAACAAAACAUUCCUGAGGAAAAUACUAAAGAUUCACAUGACAAUUGAAUGGCAUGAGCAUCAGUCAUUAGCCAGAGUGGCAGUCUGGACUACUGGACUAAGUUUGAGAUACAUGGCUAACACCAUUUGGAGUUUCUGGCUCCUGCUCUUGGAAAACUACGUUAAAAUUCACUUCUGUCUAGUUUAGUUAAAACGGCUGUCAUUACCUUUACUUUCCUGAGACUGCCUGUCUGUCUGGGUGCUCAGAUGUCGCUCAGGUUUGAGGAGAGAGAGAUUGAUCUGAAUCACAAAGGUAUUGGGGAAGACGUACUGAUGUGUGUUUCAAGCAGGGUUGCUGUAGUUUGCUGUUUAUGCAGAUGUAUGUGAGCUAAAAGCCAAGAUUGCUUUGAUUUAACCAAGGGAAUCACACAUUUUCCAAGUCCUAAUUCAUUGUUAGCUUUGUGUUGCUCAGGUUUUUUUUCCUUUCUUUACUCGUUCAGGGGCUUUUUUCUGCUUUAAAAAAACCUGCUCUUUCCAACAUGAAUAAAACUACAUUUCAGGAGCAGGACAUAUCUUUAUCUAUAAAUAUAUAGAUUUUGAGGACGCUAACCAUGAUUAAUAGCACAGUAAGCCUCCUACAUAAAACAGGCCUGGAAAUUAAAAAAACAACCUGCUGCAGUAAUUGGUAAAGUUUAAAGACAUCACCCAUGCUAAUGUAAUUAUUUGCCUAGCAGUGAACACUGGAUACUACCACGUUCCCCUCACCAGAAUAACAAAGCUCUUCCAGAGAAAUACAGUCAAAUGUAGGAAGAAUGAUGGCUAAAUAAAUUAACUUCUGUCCAAUAAUCCUUUUACAAUGUUUAAUCAUGGAACCUUUUGCAUUUCGAAAUCACUUGACGUGUUCGUACAGUAGGAUGCUAUAGUAUUUCCAUCUUUUUUCCCUACAUUUUCCCAUUUGCUUUUGCUUUUAUUUUUUUCUGUCUUCAUCUUGAAUAUUAACUUUGUUCCAUAUGAGCCCACAGCACAUUCUCUUCCAUAGACAACUAAACUAGAAGACAAGAGACCUUUUCCCUAUUCACAGGCAAAUAAUGUUGGCUUAACUUUAAUAUUGUGCCCUUUUCUAUGACAAAUGCCAUCUUUAAAACACACUUGCCCCGAGUUACAUCUUCAACAGGAAUUUUAAGCCACAUACAUGAAAUUAUUUUUUUCAGAAGUCCCAAUUCCUAGGAUGACCAUAUUCAAAGAUCACAAAAUGGAUUUUGAGGAUUUUUUAAAAAAAAUUUUGGCCUCCACAUACUCUAUUUAAUGUGGUGACUGACUAAUGUGACAAGCUGAGUAUAUAUACUAAUUAUUUUCUCUUCAGGCCUACUGCCCCAAUUAGGAAAACUAAAAAAAAAUGUUUUGACCUGGCCACAAAAGUCUGCUGGCUGGUGUAUUGCAGCAGUGACAUGAUAUACAUAAAGUUAAUAAAAACUCAUAUGAGUCGUGUUCAGUGAAAUGCCAGUGGUUAAUGAGUAUUUUAGUUGUGCAUCUCAUAAAUCAGUAAGCCUCAUUUAGUUUCCAUUUACAUCAGACUUCAGAGUUUAUUUGUUGAUCUUGGGCUGAAAUACUCUCUCUGCCCUUCACUGGAAAUCAACAGGGAUUUAGUACAGUUUGUUUAAAAAUGACUUUUUUUUUUAAUUUUUACAAAAAAAAAGAUUUUGGCUUGUAACCUUGUUUAACCAAUCCUCAGAUGAAGAAAAGAUAGGCACUCCCUUGGGAGAGGUGCUUUUCCUUUUUUUAAAAAAACAGAUCCUUUUUGUCUCCAAAGCAAAUAUUUGGUGUAGUUGGAGGUUCUGAGUGCAUCACCAGAACAUGCAAAAUUGUCAUUGAUUACCUUAAUUGUUUAAACUGUGAUCUUUUUUUAAAGAUAGUAUUCUCUGUCAUAGGGAUUCUGUCAUUAGCACGUAUGCAGCUAAAGGAAGAGCUACGUACAAACUGUAUCACUGAGUGAAUAUAUAUUUGUGUGUGUAGAAUAAACUGCCUACUGCAUUGAUUUGUACAAUGCUGGCUUUGUGUGUGCAGACCAUUUUGUAGGAAACUGCUGGCUAUCAAAUGAGCAAGAAAUGAAGAGUAAAUCACUGUCAUGCAAAUGAUGACAAAUAAAAGUUGCUUCCAUA